AUGAAAGCUUGGGAGACCCACGUUGCUCCAUCGUCGGCCCGUGAACUCAAUAGGGUGUGGUGCACGACGCCCAUACCUAGUGGUGCAACUGACGCCGCUCCACAUCUUCGAAAGGUAAACGUCAACCUCGAUCCGCUGAGGACAAGCAUCUUGGGCGUCCUCAGGUUCGUCACCGACCGUCGUUCCAACAUGCUUCCGCCGGGACGUGCCAUGCCGUCCCCAGCGCUGCUUUUGAACCUCUAA